AUGUUCUUCAUUAAAGAGCUCACCCAUACGAUCCUUUUACAUCCUUCGUAUUUCGGCCCUCGGAUGCUCAACUUUCUCGAAUCAAAACUCUACCAGGACGUGGAGGGAACAUGUUCUGGCCAGUUCGGCUACAUCAUCGCUGUAGUCUCUAUAUUGGAUAUAGGGAAGGGCAUGGUUCUCAGUGGAAGCGGGCAGGCCGAGUUCAUCACGAGAUAUCGCGCGAUUGUCUUCAAACCGUUUAAGGGAGAGGUCGUGGAUGGGGUUGUGAACAAUGUCAACAAAAUGGGCUUCUUUGCGGACGUCGGUCCUUUAACGGUCUUUGUGUCUCAUCAACUCAUUCACCCUGACAUGAAGUACGACCCGAAUUCGAAUCCGCCUUCUUUCGCAUCCGAUGAACAGAUCAUCGAGAGAAAUACAAAGGUGCGACUAAAAAUCGUUGGAACCCGUGUCGAUGCAACGGAAAUUUUCGCCAUUGGAACAAUCAAGGAAGACCAUUUGGGUGUUAUUGACUGA